CGCGCGCGUGCGCGCUACCAUGCUGUCUCCCAGACAGCGAAUCCAACAUGGCCUGUACUGCAGUUCGGUGGACGGGGAGCUCUACUGCGCUCAGAAAGAUGCUCUGGGUUUCUGUUGUGUUCUGGACUUUAUUUAGUUCGUUUAUGAAUGAAGUGGGCGCGGCUCCGGAGACGGGACACUGGUCUAUUAAUGUUGACAAUACAUCAAGACCCCUGUUAUUAAAAAAAUCCAUGUAUAAGAACACACACAUCCAACUGAAAGUAACUUCCUUUCACUGUCCAGAAGAAGUGCACUUUAACAUAAGUUGGUAUUUAAAAUACUACCCAUGUCACAAUGAGUUCAAUAACAUAGAGGAAAUGUACGAGAGGACGCCACUGAGCCGAGGAGAGAGUUUAGACCCCUACCCUCUUGGGCACGGAGAAUACAUUGAACACCUGUACAAACCUUUAUCCUGCAACAGUGGCAACCAGUUCUUCCCCAUGCUCAAUAAAUCACGAGCGGAGCCAAGAACUGUGGAGCCUCCAAUAGAGGGUGGAAAUAAGGAUGCCAAUUAUACAAAGUGGCUUACAGCAGAAGCUGGAGUUCGGGAUAAUGUUAUCGCUACAACGUGGAAAGAUGGACCUUAUCUCCUUGUGGUUUCGAUUAAGCCCCAAGAAAAGGACGUCAACUGGAAUUUAACAUUCAGUGUUGUGAUGAAAGGGGAUCAUGGCUACAUUUCAGUAACGGAAUGGCCUCUUAUGAUUUUCUAUAUGGUGAUGUGCAUCGUCUACAUACUGUUUGCUCUGCUGUGGUUCAUCUGGGCAUCUUGCUACUGGAAAGACCUGCUGCGCAUUCAGUUCUGGAUAGCUGGCGUGAUCUUCUUGGGAAUGGUGGAGAUGGCCGUUUUCUGCGCUGAGUAUGAGAACACCAAUGCUGUUGGCUCAGCAUCUCAAGGCUUGCUGGUUUUUGCUGAGCUCAUCUCUGCUCUAAAGAGAACUCUUGCUCGACUCUUGGUCAUCAUCGUCAGCCUGGGCUACGGUAUUGUCAAGCCUCGUUUGGGAACAGUCAUGCACAGAGUUGUGGGACUAGGAGUGCUUUAUUUUGCCUUUGCUGCUAUUGAGGGCGUUCUGCGGAUAACUGGGGGUCGGGACAAUGGACCAGCUCUGAUCACUGCCAUUGUACUGGCUGUGUUUGACUCCAGCGCCAUUUGGUUCAUAUUUGUUAGCCUUGCACAAACCAUAAAGACACUGAAACUCAGGAGAAACCCAGUGAAAUUGUCAUUGUAUAGGCACUUCACUAAUACCCUCAUAUUUGCUGUAAUUGCCUCUAUUAUCUUCAUGGUUUGGACUACAAAAAAAUUCCGGUUAGCAGACUGUCAGGCUGAUUGGAUGGAGCUCUGGGUUGACGAUGCCUUCUGGAGAUUUCUCUUCUCAAUCAUACUUCUCGUUAUCAUGUUUCUCUGGAGACCAUCUGCAAAUAACCAAAGGUAUGCUUUUACACCUUUGAUUGAUGAUUCAGAUGAUGAAGAAAUUGAAGAGUUUUUAGUUUCUGCAAAUAUUGCAGACGGAAUAAAAUUGAGAGCAGCAAAGUCUGAGACGAAUGGAACAGCAAAGCCCACUCCUGGACCAGAUGAAGACUUGAAGUGGGUGGAGGAGAACAUUCCUUCCUCUUUAACUGAUGUUGCUCUACCUGUUCUUCUCGACUCUGAUGAGGAAAUUAUGACUACAAAAUAUGAGAUGUCAAAAAUGGAGUGAACACACAAUAACUGCCCUCCUGAGAUCAGUGAUCUGCUGCUGCUACCCCUAUUGGCAGAGAGAAAGAGGUACAACACAGAGAAGAGAAGAGGGAUGGGUCACUGUCUGGUCAGAGCCCACUGUGUGCCCUGAAUAGAAGAGGAAGCAUGUUUGAUGUCACGGAAGCAUCUUGGAUAACCCAGCAGUGGUUCUAUCGCCUUUACUAUUUCUGAGGCAUUACCUACUUUUUCCAUUUACCCCAAAGUGGGUGUGGAAAUACUGUAUUCACUGUCUGCCCCACACAUUUGACAGACACGUGAUGACUUUCGAACAUAAAAGAAAAACUUAUUUAUAUGGACUUAAUUUUGUGCCCAACUUUUACACAAAAUAAUCUGCAAUUUUAAGAAUCACAAGAAAAACGUUUGUUGCAAAUGAAUAGUAUAUUAAACUUUUUUUAGUUCAUUAUUCUUUGCAGUUAUUUGACCGUUACUUUGCUUUCAUUUUUUUGCGAGUGGAAUCUCAUUUGCUUCUGCUUCAUGUUUUUUCUUUAGUUUAGUUUUGGUUUGGUGGGCGAAGUUUAAAAAAAGGCAUUCACCUUGAUUCUCCAUUUGUAUCUGACAGAUACACUGAAACCUCUGCCAAGGACAAGAUUUUAGCAGCAAAAUCCACUAGAAGCAAAGAAUAAAAAAUGUAAAAGUAUCUUUAAAAAUAUAGGUUUGAUUUAUAUAUUUUUCUUUUUGCACAAUUGUAACAUACUUUUUCGUUUUGAUUCUUAAAAUCUUUGCAGAUUGCAGAUUGAAUUUUUUGCAAAGCUUCUCGCAUAACAUACACAUUUUCCGUUUGUUUUCUACCUGAAACUUUGUGUGAGCCAAUUGUGAAAUGAACACUUUGCACUCUGGAUUGUUAGGGGUUAGCUUGUUGGAAAAGUGUGUUCUUAUUCAGGGGUUUGAAUGAUGAACUUGAACAAAUGAGAGAUUUAUAGGAAGGAUCUGAAGUUGAUGACCAAAGACUUUUUUCUGUUUUGUGUUUCUUUUUUUAAACAAACCCUGAAACAUUGUGUGUUUGCUGUAAAAGUGUUAUUUAUCUGUUUCAUGAUGGUAAGCCAUCUGAAAAUACAGUGUGUGAGAUUUUGUCUGUCCUCAUUGGUUGAUUGGGUUUGUUUAUACAUGCAUAUAUAUGUGAGAGUGUGUGGGAGCAGAGUGUUCAGUUUUUUUCUAAAUGUACUUUUCAGAUGUCUGUCUUGGGGGAGGGUUGGGGGGGUAGAAGGCUGGUAGUUUAAUGAGAUGCAGAAAUAUUUUUUUUUUUGUAAUGUGUGAAGUGAACUCCAGCUUUGAUAUGAAUUAUGAAUUAAUGGAGAUGAGCAGAAUUCCUGAAUUGUACUGCAGCAAGAAGCACAAUAGUUCCUAAAGCAUUGGGAGCAUAGCAAUAGACUGUAUCUGCUAUUCUUUGUGCACGUUAUUUUUAUUUAAAUUCUGCUUUUCAGUGUCUUUUUUUCCUCAGUACCACUUUAAAAUAUAAAUCUUUUAUAAUGGAGUUUAUUAAUGCUUAUUAAUUAGGUUGUAAAUACAAAAAUCUUUUACCAAAUCUUUCUGGAUGCUUAUCUUUUCUUUUUUUUUUCCAUCAGUCAUCAUUAACAUCUCAUACAAUAUACAACAUAGUAAGUCGGUUUAGUCAUUUAAUUUCUUAAAUGAGCACAUUAUGAUUGCUGAAUAAAUAAUAAUGAGUACAUAAUAAAUAUUGAAAGUUAUUAACAGGUAUGUUGAGGCUGGUGAAAUCCAGGAAGAUCUGUAAAAAAAAAUUAAGGUAUAAAUUACAGUGUAAUCGCUGUUCAGCGGAUGAGAGGCCACUGCUGUCACUGCUGUUUUGUGAUUACUGGUUAAUGGAUGAUUUUAAAGUAUUUACACCCUAAUAAAUAGCAACUAACAACCUCCUUUAUAAACUGUUUAUAAAAACUUAUUUUAAAGUGUUACCUUUUGUCAAUCUGAAGCCUUACAUUUCUGCUUGUUUCAUUUUUGUUUUUACUGUAUUGUCUUUGAGUAUAUGUCUGUCCAUUUUGGUUGAGUUCAAACACAAUUUACUGAACUAUAAUGAAUUAAAUUUGAUAUGCAGUACCGGUGUGCUCACCUUGUCUGGAUUUUUUUUUUUUUUUACAAUUUGUUUCCUUGUUUUUAAAUGCACUUUUACACUGUUUUGUCAUGUAAAAGCUCUAGGUAGAACAGCCUCAUUUCAUGUGAUUUUAUUAUUAUUUUAUAUGAACAAACCCUUUGUUUUAUUUUUUGAUAACCAGAGCCUGAAAUGUGAUCCACCUCCACACCAGAUUUUCAGUGUCCUUUAUUCCUCAUGCAUGUUUGUCAUUUUCUGGUGUUUUGAUAGGGUUGAUCUGUAAAUAAAGAUGAUUUUAUUGGCCUUA